AUGAAACACAGACUCUCCAUUUACGAUACGGUGGACUCGCAUUUCCCAUUGGCAAAAUUACCAGAUGAACUGGUCUCCGAGAUAUUCUCACAUCUACCACAGAGAGAUAGACUCAACUUGACUUUGCUAAGCAAGAAAUACUACCCCAUAGCCAUUAAACUAAUAUACAAAAGAAUUUACCUGAACGACUCGAACGUCGUAACGAGCGAUUUUAUGAAUUUGGCCAUUAAUUGGACACUUUUAAAUAUACCUUCCAAUCUAGUAGAAGAACAAUCAAGAUUAAUCGCAAAUAACAAACUAACCAAACUAAUAUCCACUUUUGAAUCAAAUAGAUACAUCCUAGAAUCAGUGGAAUGGAUUCGAAUAAAUUGGGACCUCGACUCCAUCUUACAAAAGAAAAUCUUAUCCUUAUUAUGUGCACAUGGGAAAACUUUGAAAAGAUUGGAAAACGUCACAGACCCAUCCUGUAACGAUAUCAUCGCCAUGGGUCAAGAAUCAAGACAUAAUCUCUUGAGUUUCGAUAUGGCUCCACCAAAUCCAUUACCUGAACUAUCCGUCUCUUCUAAUUAUAUCCCCAAUUUGACCAAGUAUUUGACUCAAAGAAUGUCCACAAAUCUUUCAUACAUGACUUUAUUCAUGGACCCAAUCAAAUUAUUCAACCAAUUAUACCCUUUGAAAAAUAAAUUACAAAUUAUAGAUUUAAAAUUACAUUGGAGAAGAGAAUUUUAUAACUUACCUCUCACUUCUCCCAAUAAAUCAAUAAAACUACGGAAAUUAUCCGAUGUAUUCGACGUACGAUCCUUGAAAACGUUAACAAUAAUAUCCUGGAAUGAAGUACUACUGCCUCGAGAAGUAGACAUGCUAAAGGAAUGCAAGGAAUUCAUUUAUUUGAACGAUCUUUCAUUAAUCUCCAUCAGACAAGACGUUAACAUCCUCGUGGAACUAUUCUCCAAUUUGAAAAAUUUGAAACGAUUAAAGAUGGAUUUCCUGGAGGAUUACAUCCCGGAAUCGACAAAUUCACAAAUUUUCCUUUCCAUCCUGCUAAAUUGUAAAAAAUUACAAUUCAUGGACCUAAGAUUUGAAAAUAUCGAUCUCCCCAUCAUCAACAUUGAUGAAACACAAAGUAAAUUCAAAUUAAUUCAAAAAUGUUUCUGCCUACAAUGUAACAAGACAUUCAAUAACAUCUUGAAGAAUAAAAUCUUCCAUUUCGAUGAAGAUUAUGAUUUGAAAGACGUCAACGAUAUAGCGGCAAAGGAUAUUUACAAAAUGAUGAGAUAUUUUUCACUAUUGCCCUACUCAAAGGCAUGCGAUAAUUACCCCAGUGUCAGGACACAACCCAUGAACUUAGAACAAUUCACCAUACAUGCAAACGAUAACUUGUUAAAUUAUAGGAAAAGUAGAUCACAAUUAGUCAAAUUGGAAAAACCAAAAAGAAGACCCGUCUUCAUUAACUUAGAGGGAGAAGAAGAAGAGCACGAUGAUGAUGAUGAUGAGGAGGAUAUUGAAAUGGAUGAUAUCGACGAAUUUAAGCUACCGCAUGAACCAUUAACAAAGGAGGACAUCAUUGAUUGUUACCACGCCAUGAUUCAUCAUUACAAAAACACAUACGUGACCUUCUUGAAGGGGUUCCCAGAAUUAAGAUUUCUAAUGCUAAACGAUAUCCCAUCAAUUAUCAUCGAGGAAGAUAGGGAAAGAAUUUUUGAACCAGUAUUUUACCAUAAUGAUUACACGACAAAUUUAACAGGAUGGUCACUCACCUCAAAGAAACAAUUAUCGAAUAGUGAUCCGAAUGGUACAAUGGCCAGAAAGGCAAUUGUCAGUUAA